UCGCCCGAGGAGCGCGGCGGGCCCACGGCAGCAGCCGCCGUCCCUUCAGCUGGGCAACGGGCCCCGCCACCGGCCAGAGCCGCCCGGGGCUGCUUCCUGGCUCUCCACAGCGAUGUCCUGGGCUGCACAGAAAGCAGCAUGGCCAGAAGGUCCAGGAGCGCCCCACCCGUGCCCCACUCGUGAGAUGGCAGCUGGAGCACUGUGCCCUGCACCGGGGACACCAGCAGGACACAGACAGGAACCUAUCGAGGUAGCACACAGGACACGGGAAGAAUCCAAAUACAACUGAAGACCAUGGCAACACACUGGAGAAGCAUCUUGACAGUAUUUGUGACAGCUCAAGUACUGUUUGUGGUAAAUGCCUUUGAGGAAGAGGACAUACCAGAGGAGUGGAUUCUUCUUCAUGUUGUCCAAGGUCAGAUUGGAGCAGGAAACUACAGCUAUUUGAGACUAAAUCACGAGGGAAAGAUCGUUCUUCAGAUGCGGAGUUUAAAAGGUGACGCAGACUUGUACGUAUCUGAUGUGACACUUCACCCCAGCUUUGACGAGUACGAGUUACAGUCUGUAACUUGUGGCCAGGACAUCGUACAUGUGCCUGCACACUUCCGCCGCCCUGUGGGAAUAGGGAUUUACGGCCAUCCCUCUCACCUGGAGAGUGAGUUUGAAAUGAAGGUGUACUAUGAUCGAACAGUUGUACAGUACCCAUUUGGCGAGGCUUCUUACAACCCUGAGGAGAUGGAGGCAAACCAGAAAUAUUCCCAGUCUACAGAAGAUGAAUCACAGGAUGAGGAGUCUGUUUUCUGGACGAUACUUAUUGGGAUUUUGAAAUUAAUACUUGAAAUCCUUUUUUAAAUUGAUAUACACUGGACUUAAAUCACACUUCAUCCUGUGAAAUUGGUAUGAAUGACUUGCUGUAAUAUUUAAUACUCACUAUGUUUCCUGAAGAAAUAUUCAGGUUACAUUUCCUAAACCAGAAAGGAAGUGGGGAGAAAAAGCCAUACUUAAUUUUUUAUUGUAAACCUUUCCCAAUAUGUAAAAUGAACAGCCAGCACAGUAUUUGCAGUGCUCUUCAGAGAUCAGGGCUUAAAAAUGAAUGUAUAGUUUGGAUCUUGUUAAAUUCACUUAAAAUAGGUGCUUAGGAAAAUCAAUUCCAAUUCAGUAUUUUCUAUUGUUUUUUAUAAAGAAAAAUGAAAAAACUACUGCACUUCAGUCCCCCUCUCAAUUUAGAGCAUAUUUAAAAAUAAAACCCGCUUCUUUUCUGAGCAAGCAUCUCCAGUAAAACUGGUCAGCAGCGUGUUUGAGCGUAUUCAUGAAGUUGAGGGAGCUUAGGGUGAAGGAAGGAGAAAAUAAUCACCUAAGGGAAUAGAUGUUCUGUAUUUUGACUGUGUGUGCUCAACAUCACAUCAGCCACCUGUCAAACGGAGGUUGGUCCAGUCACUCAUCACCACUACAAAUCCAUGACCUGAAUCAAGUGCAUGUUGCUUCUUUGCUAUUACUGCAGGGAGAGGGAGCCUUCAGUUGUUGCUGCUCAUCAAUAUGACAUUUUCGUCUCCCAUUACAAACAACACAGCACUUAGGUAUCUCAAACUUGAGAGGUGCUUUCUUACACUUCCCUUGAUAGCUUUUUGUGAUUGUUUUUUGGUUUUUUUCCAAGCACAUAUAUAUAAAUCAUCAGCUUGCAAGGAAAAUUUCUGCUGAAAGGGAUUUGCAGUACAUUGUUAGAAGGUCAUCUCAUGCCCACUCUUCCUAACAGGAAUACUUUUUGCUUUGGCUGAGUCUGUCAGAAUAACCAGUUGCUAUGCAAAUAAAGUACAUAUAAAUUGCUCUGUAA